AUUUUUACCUUAACUGUUGUUCAAUUUAAUUCAUCUGAUCAUGAUUAGUGAAUCUACAGAUGGAGCCUUGUCAACCAUGAUGAUAAUAUGAUGAUGAUGAUAAGUAUUACAGUUAACUGAUCAUCACAAUAAGUGUACAUGUAAACGGAUAGGAUUUGAUUUUCUUGCUUCCACCUAAACCGAUUUUUGUAUCCAAAGUGAAUUAUGUUUUAUAUUAUUUAUUAAUUCCAACAAUUAAAUAUGAGUAAUUUUAAUUUCUAAUUGUUUUUUUAUACAUUUAAUUGAGUCAAUUUUGUUCUUUUCCUCUCUUUUUAUUGAUUGUGUACAAUUCCCAAUAGAAAUUGUCAAUUAUCAUUGGGAAAUAUGAUUGAGAUACAAAUAUGGUUGAAACUGUGAAUAGUAAAUAUUUUUGUCCUCGACUCAUUGAUUAUAUUGUAAUCGUUGGUGUUAAGAAUCCUUCAUCUCAUGAAUCGGUUAAUAUUCCUGAAUUAUUACGUCGAUAUCCUUUAGAAGAUCAUAAAGAUUUUCCUUUACCAUUGGAUGUUGUCUUCUUCUGUCAACCGGAGGGCUGUCAAUCGGUUGGUCAUCGACGCCUUAACCUUCGUGAGACCAAUUCAUUUGUUUUCGCUCUUACCGAGAAAGACACUAAUCGAGUUCGAUAUGGAAAUUGUAUCAACUUUUACCGAGCCAUUGAAUCGACCAAACCAACUACAACAUCAAAUCGUGACGGUGGAGGAGCAAAUGAGGGUAAGGAAAAGAUUAGUACCAAAAAUGGUAGAGGAAGAGAUGGAAAUGAUGAUGAGGCCACUGAUCGAAAUGAUGAUGAAACAACAACAAGAUACCAACAAGUCGAUGAUAAAUGUAAUAAUGAUGAUGGAGAUGAAGAUGAUGGUAAUUCUAAUCGAGGCCGUGACGGUGAUGAUACUGGUAGAAGGGCAAGUAAACAAGAGGGUAAAAGUGGCAUCAGUGAAUCGGAAAAAUCGAUUAAAGCCCGAAAACGACGUAAAAGUCAAUCGUCUUAUAUCAAUUCCCUGACGUCCAUUUGUAUUAUAAGUCAUCAUCCGUUUUUCUCAACAUUCAGGGAUUGCCUUUUUAUCGUGAAAAGAUCAAUUGAAUAUUGCAAUGAAAGGCAUUCUAAACAAAGAGCCACCUCAAAGUAUUUCAAAAGAGAUUGGGUUUGGAACCUAUUAACCUGUGGUAUACCGGAAAAUGUUGACCUUCCCCAGACCAUUUUCAACGAUCUGAAAGACAUUGAGAUGCUUUUACUCCGUUUCCUUUCAGCUCCAGUUCCAGUUCCUGGUAAAACAAAAGUAGAGAUGGAAUUUCUUCCAAGGGAAUUAAUGAAUCCCCUGGUUUUGGCUCUUCCUGAUCAUACAAGAUUCUCUCUGGUUGAUUUCCCAUUACAUUUACCGUUAGAAUUGUUGGGCGUUGAUACCUGCCUAAAGGUAUUAACUUGUAUCCUCCUGGAGCAUAAGAUUAUCUUACAAUCUCGUGAUUACAAUGCCUUGUCCAUGAGUGUUAUGGCUUUUGUUACUAUGAUUUAUCCUCUUGAAUAUAUGUUUCCUGUGAUACCUUUACUACCUACAUGCAUGAAAUCAGCUGAACAGUUACUUCUUGCUCCAACUCCAUACAUAAUCGGUAUCCCAGCGAGUUUUUUAAUGUUCAAACGUAACUUUCGUCUACCUAACGAUGUUUGGUUAGUUGAUUUAGAUUCUAAUCGAGUGGUCAAACCUCCAGCCGCUGAUGAUCUUCCUCCGCUUCCCGAACCCGAGACAAGUAUAUUAGCCAAUCAUUUGAAACAAGCUCUACACUCAAUGAGUAUGUCACCUCAGCCCUUGAAGAACUUGGAUCGUCUUCAUCCUGAUAAUAUGAAUCCCGCCGAGAAAAUGUCACCCUUCUCAUCCUCACCCUCUUCAACCUCUUCUUCCCAACGAAUCAUUUUCGGUAAUGAUGUUGAUUCAGUCGAUGUUGCCACUCGAGUGGCUAUGAUCCGUUUCUUUAAUUCAUCUUCAUUAUUAGCUAAUUUCACUGAACAUACUCGAACUAUUAAACUUUAUCCGAGACCAGUUGUUGCCUUUCAAAUUAACUCAUUCCUCCAAUCUCGACCUAAACCAUCAGUCUUCCUGCAGAAAUUUGUUCGAACUCAGGCAGUUGAAUAUUUCGCUGAAUGGGCUUUAAGUCCAAGUAACGUUGCCUUUUUAAGGGUACAAACGGGAGUUUAUGAUCCAUCAAUUGUCGGUGAUAAAUCAAAAUGGUUUUGCCACCAAUUAGAUCCAAUUGUUUUUCGAUGUUGGUCUGAUCCGAAAACUUUUCUGUUCAAUGCAUUUCGACGAGACUCAUCAGCACCAAGUAAAGAAACGCAAAGUCCAAGUCCGUUGGUCGAAGGUACAUCAGAUGAUAGUUCAACCGAUUCUGAUGGAAGUUCAAGUUCAUCUUAUUCAUCUCUCAGCGAUUUUGUCUCUGAAAUGGUUAAUAGCGAUAUCGACGGCAAUAGACCAGUUCAUGUUGUUGAUUCGUCUUCAUCGGGUCAAAUCUUUUGUGACCCUAAGUCAGUCUGUCAUCCUCCGUUGACCUUGCAAUUGCCCAGCUCUCGUCGUACAACUCCAACUCAUGAUACAGGUAAGGGAAGUCGACGAUCACCUCCCGAAGAGGGUGGAAUUGGUUCAGGACGGAGAUCAGCUUCUUCAUCUCCAGGUCGCUCAUCAUCAACAACAAGUAGCCAAUCAAUUGAUGAAGAUGAUGAAGGUAAUGAUGAUCGAGAAGAUGGAGAUGAUGACGACGAUGAGGCCAAGUCUAUUGAGUUUACAGAGGAAAGUGAAGGAGGGGCAACUCUACGUUCAACUCCAACUACUUUAACACCUUCGUCUACAAGUAAAUUAAAUUUAUCGCCUCAAGAUCCACUUUUAGUCCAUAGUUCAGUUUCACCUUCAUCGAUAAUCUCACCUCAAGCACCUCAGUCAAUUUCCGCUUCCCGUAGUCCCAUUGAAUCAGAAUCAUUUGGUAAUCAAAAGCCUCCAUCAGAGUUGAGCUCAACUUCCGGGAUACAGUCUGAUAAAACAGCAACAGGUACAUCGUCAAGUGGCGGAUCGAGUCAAAGUCGUAGCAAUACACCACAACAUCACCACAAGGUUGCCUUAGCUGAUCAUCGUCCUCUCUCAGCUGAACCCUCCCUUGAGAAAAAUAACUCAGCAAGUUCAUCGCCGACACUUAGUAGGACGAUAAGUAUAUCCAGUGUUUUCAGUCGAACGGGUUCUUUGGCUCAACAUACGAAUAAUAAUAAUCAAAGCUCGAGCGGCGGAGGUACAAGUUCAUCACAGAAUUUAUCAAGUUCAACCUCACCCUCUUUCCUGGAUAGAUUUACCUCUGAUUAUAAAGAAGUUGCCUCGCUUGCUAGAGAGGCAAAAGCGGUCGCCGUGGGUGCGAGUAAAAGUGCUUUGGAAGCUACUAAAAAGGAAGUGGGAAAUAAAAAGUUGCUCAAAAAUCUUCAAGCCUUGGGUGGACCAGUUAAAGAACACACCAAAGAUCUUUGGAGAAAUAGUCAAGAUCGAGGUGAUGAAGGUCAUUCGAGUUACGGGCGAGAUUCUGAUUCUACUUCGUCGGUCUCCUUAAUUUCCAGCGUAAGUUCAGAUUUCAAUGGAUUCGCUGAUAAAACGUCCAACAUGCUCUCAGGUCUAUUUGGUUCAAAGGCCAGUGGGCUAGCGGAGAAAAUGCAAGAAAAAGCCAAAGGUUUCGGUCCAUUUCCCAAAGGUCGUAAAGGUCUAGUUGAACGGACAUCUCUAAUAAAGCACAGCAAUAAUAAUAGACAGCGACGUCCCUCCGAGAUGAUAUCCAAGCAAAGUGAAUCAAGGUCAACCCAUAGUGAGAAUCAACAAUUUCUUAAGGAGAUGGUUAAUUCAGUUCUUGAAGGUGAAGGAGUUGGUUGGUUGAAAUUAACUCGAGUUAAAAAGUUAAUGGAAGAGGAAAGUUACCGGAACCUCGUAGUUUCCGGGUUGAAUAAAACUCUCGAGAGGAAAGUUGGUCCUGAUGAUCAUAUUGAGGAUGUUUGUCUGAGUAAAUCAGUUUGGAAAGGGAUGUUAAAGUUAAUCGGUGCCAUGAUCUAUGGCCUGGAACAAUCGUAUAUGCACAAUGGCCUUGGAGGAAUGGCUUCGGCAUUUAGUGUACUUGAAAUUGCGCAUACACAUUAUUGGGCUAAAGAGACAACCGGAGAUGAGAGUAAAGGUGAAUCAAGUGUGGCCACAACCGCUUCCGUUAGUCAAAGUAGUUCACCUUUCGGUAGUGGUGAUAAUCUUAAUAAACUUACCGUAAGUGGUACUGGUGAUUUGGGUACACCUUCAUCAGAUAUUAGUGGUACAGUUAAGAUAACGGGUAAUCUUGGGUCAGUUAUUUCACCCGAGGCAUCGGAGGCAAGUGAUGAAUCGUCAACUCUUGCUAAUCAACAAUUGGCAACAAAUAAAGGGGCCACUUUGUCACGAUUAACAUCAAUUGAAUCCGAGGUUUCCGAAGCGGGCACUGAAACUAUGGCCACAAGUUGUAAUGCAAGUGAAUCGGGAUCUAUGACCGUAAACCCAACUUAUUACAUUGGUCAACGAUUGAAUCAGUCGGUCUGUCGAUCAACCUACUCAGACAGUGAACUUGAUACGGAUCUUGGAAGACAAUCUCGAGCUCCCAGUAUUUGGAGUAGUAAAAGUAGUGUUAGUACCGGAUUUCGGUACCAUGGAGGUAACCUGAUUGGGUCAACGGUUCCAACCUCUGAUCCUCCUCGAACUUAUCUUUUCCAAGGAUUAUUGGGAAAAGAUAGGUCACCUUUAUGGGAUAAAAUGCAAUUCUGGGAAGACGCUUUUCUUGAUGCAGUUUCUCAGGAGAGGGAAUCAGUUGGAAUGGAUCAGGGUCCAGGGGAAAUGAUGGACAGAUAUCGAUCACUUUCCGAUAUUGAUAAGAAACGAUUAGAACAUGAAGAGGAUCGUUUACUGUCUACUUUACUUUAUAAUCAAACCGCUUUCAUGAUCAUGAUGAAUUCAGAUCGAACUGAGAUUAAAAGGAAAGUCCGUCGAUUAUUGGGUAAAUGUCACAUUGGUGUAAUCUAUUCAGAUGAGGUGAACAGUUUACUUGAACAGAUUGAAAAUCUUCAUGGUAACGAUGUUGACCUUAAACCUUUGGCCAGUAGACAAAUGCAUCGGCAAACGUUUACAAUUCACAUGGGAACCGAUACCUCAGGUGAUAUGUUAUUCAUGGAGGUUCGAGAUGAUGGUCUCAUAUUGAGAAGUAUUAAUGGAACGAUAGUUGAACGCUGGUGGUACGAGCGAUUGGUCAAUAUGACCUAUUCUCCCAAGAACAAAGUUCUGUGCCUUUGGCGACGAAACGGAGGAAUGACUCAAUUACACAAAUAUCAUACCAAAAAAUGCAAAGAGCUUUAUUAUUGCAUUAAAAAUGCAAUGGAAAGAGCUGCAGCUAAAGGAGCUGGUGCCUUACCUGGAACGGAACUCGGCGGUGAGUUUCCGGUUCAGGAUAUGAAAACAGGCGAGGGAGGCUUGCUGCAAGUGUGUAUGGAGGGAGUUGGACUCCUCUUUGCCUAUAGCAAGGAUUUUGAGUUCUUCGUGCGUCUGGAAAACAUUCGCAAGUGCUUUACUCAAAAAGGAGGAAUUUUCGUCCUUGAAGAAUACAAUCCAAAAACUCGUCAAAUUAUCCAACGUAAAUAUCGAUCUCAAAUGGCCGAUCAAAUAUGUUAUGCAGUUCUCUGUGUUUUCUCUUACAUUGCUGCUGGUUUGGAACAGAAAAAAUCUCAGCAACACCACCAUGGAUCAUCUUCCGGACAAACACAUCAAAUUCCAGCAUAUCAACAACACCAUGGAAUAGGAAUACGUCCAAGUUUACCGGUUGAUCCAAAGGAUUCUCUAGGUCGAGGUAGACGAGGAUUUACUGGUCCACAGAAAAGAUGAUGAUGAAAAGAAAAGAAAAAGAAAAAGAAAAA